UAUUAGUGGGUGAUGGAUUUUAUUUUGCCACCGAAGUGGCUAGUUUAUUGUGCACCUCAUAUCCAGCCUGUGGACGGUAGCACAAGAACAUAUGGAUACACAAAAGGCCUAGGAACUAGGCCCCAAAAGGGUUAACAGGGAUCAAGAACUUUCUCCAUAAAUAUGAGACAAGGCAUCAUGAAUUAUCUUCAAUGGCAGUUUAAAUUUAGGAAACAAAUUGUAGGAAGGAUGUCUUCUUUUUUCCAAAGUUUACAUACUUCCCAAAAACUGAGUGAUAAUGAGCAAGAACCAAAACUUAAACUUGAUUAUGAAUACUUGUGUGACCGUAAAAAUGCACUUUAUAUAGACAGAUUAAUUAAGAAAAGAAAAAAUGUUGGAAAUAUCUGGAAAUUGCUUGAAAUCAACGAUAAGUUGAAUACCAUAAGCUCCUCGACACAAGAACAUGAAGCUUUAAAAAAACAAUUGGAGAGAGAAGCUUUAAGUAUUCCUAACAGUGCGAGUCCUCAUCUCUGGGAGUAUGGAGAAGAGCCCAGAAUUUUAGAGUUUGUCAAUCCUAAACCAAAGUUCAAUUUUACACCUAGAGAAUUUAGUGAACUUUGCCAUACAUUGGAUAUUAUUCGAACAGAAAAUCUUGGAAACCUCACAGGAUCUCGAAGCUACUACCUUAAAGGUGCUCUAGCUGAUCUUAGCCAAGCUCUUAUAAGAUACACUGUCUCUUAUUUGUUGACAAAGGGAUUUACUCUCAUGUCUGUGCCUGAUCUUCUCUACGCUCACAUAAUUGAAGGUUGUGGCAUGAGCACUUCUGGAGAACACUCUCAGGUUUAUCAUAUUAUUAAUCCUAAGGAGGGUGUGUGUCUGGCAGGGACAGCUGAAAUGUCACUUGGUGGUUACCUAAUAAAUAAAUCAUUAACACUGAGAGAGCUUCCCUUGAAACUGGCUGCGGUGUCACAGUGUUAUCGAGCAGAAGCGUCUUCAGCACUGGAAGAACGUGGAAUCUUCAGAGUGCAUGGGUUCACCAAGGUGGAAAUGUUUGGAGUAACAGCAGCAGAAAGUGGAGAGGAAAGUAAACAUCUUUACUCAGAAAUGACUCUGAUACAAAAAGAACUUUUCUCACGUCUUGGACUUCAUUUUCAAAUACUAGACAUGCCUCUUAGUGAUCUUGGUGCACCAGCCUUCACCAAGAUAGAUAUGGAGGCUUGGAUGCCAGGAAGAGGCAUGUAUGGGGAAAUUUCUUCAGCUUCCAACUGCACUGACUAUCAAGCUCGUAGGUUGAAUAUUACCUACAAGAACAGUGAAGGAAGUCAGAGGUUAGUACAUACUGUGAAUGGUACAGCUUGUGCAAUCCCUCGAACACUUAUAGCUCUGUGCGAGACGUUUCAAUCUCAUGAUGGAACUAUCAAUAUACCAGCAGCAUUGCAGCCAUACAUGUCAGGAAAAGUCAAGAUAGAAUUGCCUUCUCCCUGUUGGAUGAAAUGGAUAAAGCAAAAAUCUUAUCCAGGACCAAUUAAAUCGUAAAAAUUUCCUAAUUUUAUAUUUAUAAAAGAUUGUCCUGUGUCAAAGUGAUUCUGGUCUCCUCUGUAAAAAUUGCUAGAUGAAAAAUAAAGCUUGUCAUCAAUUGAA